AAUCUAAUAAUUCAUUUGUGAAAUGACAGUUUAACCCUCUGGUUUCCAGCUUUUUACAUCCAGGCGUCGACACUGUUGGAUCAUGUGGAAAGUAUUGUUUUUUUUAAAAUGAAUUUAAUUGAUAAGAAUUGGGUGUGACGUUAGUGUCGAAUUAAUUGUCGCCACGUGUCGUUGUGUGGGGACCCACUUUGGUUGUUUCUUCACCACGAAGCUAAAUAUCUAUCACAAAUGUCAUGGACCCACUGGCUUUACACACUUCCACUACAAAGACGCUUAGAGAGCUAAUUUCGGCUAAUGACGAAACUGCCCUUAUUGUUAAGUUAAUUUUCGGAAAUACCGCCAUGAGUUUUGCAAUAAAUACAAGGCCUCUACGCUGCAAUUCUUCCCUUUCCUCAUCCCUCUCUCCUCCUUUAUUUUGUUGAGCAAAUUCUUUUUCCCUGUCGUCAUGUUGUCCACUUUUCCAACCGGUUCUUCGUACGAGGCCAUGCUGGAAAACCCAUUUCCGGCUUUCGACAACGCCUCGACGCCGUGGGAAUGCCACGACCACGACCAUGACCAUGAAUUCUUGCCGGCUUUGUUCCAGAUUCCGGAACAAACCGGAUUGGACAUAUUCCACUCCUCAAAACCGGUGAUUUCAAGUUCGAGUUCUGAAAACCGGGAUGAACCAGAGGAAAAGAUCGAGGUGAUAGACGAGAGAAAACGGCGGCGAAUAGAGUCGAACCGGGAGUCGGCAAGGCGGUCCCGGAUGCGAAAACAGAAGCACUUAGAAAACUUAAGCAACUUGUUGAACAAGCUGAGAGUUGAAAACAAAGAGCUUUCAAAGCGGUUCCGGUUCACGAUGUACCAGGCGAACCGUAUACGGACGGAAAACGACAAUCUCCUGACAGAACACGAAAUUCUGCGGCGGAAACUUUUGUACAGCCGAGGAGAAUUAAUUUCCCGACAUUUCCAACGACGACAAUUCGGUUACAACGAACAACAACAAAUCCCCGCGCCGACUCUCUCCCAAUCGCAAUACAUCUUUUAUAACAACAAAAACUUCAUUAAUUGCUAAAACCGACCAGACCAUUAUAAGGACCAAAUUCUCGCCACUUCUGUGUGUCUCUGGUGUGUAUAAACUAAAAGAAAGCUAUAUAUUGGUGGGGUUUUACGCUGUUUUUUAAGCAACUAGUAGUGUGUAAAAGAAGAUCGGCGACUAGCUUUAUUACUAAUGCCUAUGCAUCAGUUUUUUCUGCUUUCU